AUGAAUAAGGUGAGGAAGAGAAUGGGGAUGAGGAGGAGGAUGAGGAAGAGCAAGAUGAAGGUGAGGAGGAUGAGGAAGAGGAGGCCGCUGUCCUGCAGGUCGGGGCGCCCCAUCAGUGUCAUGGUGGUGUUCAUCACCCCCAGCCCCCUCAGCAAGAUCUGCUGGGUGAACCGGCUGCACCUGGCCAAGAUCGGCCUGCGGGACGAGAACCAGCCGGGCUGGCUCUGCCCCGACGAGGACAGGAAGAGCCGAGCUCCCUUCUGGUGCCCCAUCCUGUGCUGCCACAUUCCAGCCUUCUCCUCCAAAGCCUUGGAUCUGCAGCUCGGAGCCGCUGUCCACAAUCCCGUCCAUUCCUCACUCCUGGGGUUCUCAGCUGUCAGCACCUCCCUGCCCCAGGGCUUCCUGUGGGUGAGCAAAGCCCAAACUCCGGGAUUUGGGAUUAUUUGGGGUGUGGCAUUUGGGGUUUGGGAUUAUUUGGGGGUGGAGAUCUCCAGCCUGCUGGUGUACGGCAGCGUGGAUUCGGGAACUCCGUGCCUGCAGCGCUGCCGCGUCCCGGGCUCGCCGCCCGUCCUGCGCCUCCGACACAGUUAUCCCGUUCCCAGAGGGUUUAUGGGAUGUUCUGGGUGGGGUCGGGCCCUGAUCCCAUUCCCGUUAUCCCGUUCCCAGAGGGUUUAUGGGAUGUUCUGGGUGGGGUCGGGCCCUGAUCCCAUUCCCGUUAUCCCGUUCCCAGAGGGUUUAUGGGAUGCGGGCGCGGUGCGGAUGCUCCGGGUGGGUUCGGGCCCCGUGCGGGCGCUGCUGGCGCUGGAGGAGUCGCUCUGGGCCAGUUCCCAGAACCUCGUCAGUGUCCUGAGCACUCCAGAGCUGCAGAGCCAGCACUGUUUCGAGGCGCACCCCGAGCCCGCGGCGGCCGUGACGCUGAUGGUGCGGGCGGGCAGCGGCGUGUGGAUGGCGUUUGCCCAGGGCUCCUCCAUCCGCCUCUUCCACACCGAGACCCGCGAGCACCUCCAGGAGAUCAACGUGGCCACCAGGACCACCCUGCUGCAGCCCGGGCAGAAGCUCGUGCACGUCACCAGCCUCCUGCUGUGCCAGGGCUCGCUCUGGGUGGGGACAGAUCUGGGAAUCAUCGUCCUGCUGCCCGUGCCACGCCUGGAGCCAUUCCCAAAAAUUCCAGGGAAGGGGAUGGUGUCCCUGAACGGCCACGCCGGCCCCGUGCAGUUCCUGGCGCUGGCUCUGAGCACUUUGGCCCCCGACGCGCUCCGGGCCGAGCAGGACGAGCCCGACGAGGCCGAGGAGGAGAAAUCCCCGGAUCCGGAGGGGCUCCCGCCGCAGGAAAUGCGGAAAAAAGGGAUUUUGUUACAAUACCGGCUGCGCUCCACGGCGCACCUGCCCGGCCAGCUGCUCUCCGUGCGGGAAGCGGCGCCAGGAGCGCCGGGAACGCCGGGACACGCCGAGGAGGACGGAUCCAUCUACGAGCUGGCCGACGAUCCCGACGUGUGGGUGCGGAGCCGGCCCUGCUCCCGGGAUUCUUCCCGCAAGGAAAUCUCCUCCGUGGCCAUCGUCUCCGGAGGCCGCGGCUACCGGGAUUUCCGGGCGGAAUCCGCGCGCCGCUCCGGAGACGCCGACAGCUCCUUGCUCAUCUGGCAGCUCCCGCUGGCGCUGUGAGCCCGCCCGGAAUUCCCGAAUUUCCUACCUCAGGAAUCCCUCAAAUUCCCGGGAGCGGCACUGCCUCAGCCGCUGCGAGGAAAAAAAAAAAAACUG